AAAAUGUAUCCGAAACGAUUGCUUGUUAAAAUAGAAUUUCAAUUACAUGCGGUGACUUGUCCAGGGGUGUGGCUUUGCACACAUGGUUAUUUGGAGGUUACUAUCAAAACGUUGGGUUACUAUCUUCGUACCGGAGCUAUGGAGCCACGUUUCCCCCUGCUCUGCCAUGACAAAUUCACUAUGGAUGGCUACUUUAAGUCUGUCGACUCACCGAGUGACUUGGAGAGCGUGUUAGCCGCUGAGCAAAUGGAGAUAACGCUUUGGCAGAACGGACGACGCAUGGCGUUCUUUAUUGGUAAACUAGCCGAUGUAAUGAAAUCAGAUAUACCUAAAUUGUCCUGUGAACACAAUAUCAAUGUACAACUUCUGAUGAAAGCCACGCCAGCAUUUCCGGGAAUUAUUGCACCUAAAGUGGAGUUAAGCGCGCACAUAGGUGUGCAGGACCGUCCACAACGGGAUGAGGAAAAUGAAAAAUUUGUGCAGCAGUCUGGCACCAAUAUAACUUUGAACAAACUAGAAUUUGAAGUUAAACGCAAACUAAACCGGCACACUCAGCAGUCACUAUCUUCCACAAAUAAUUGUUUUAACUAUUUGGAAGAGAAACGACGCCAGCGACCAGUUUGCCACCUGAAAACAAAUUGUGGCAGUGGGUUUUCAAAGAAGAGUAGUGCUUUUUCUUGCCCGAAUGCGCCAAAGUCAUACAAAAUAGAUGCAGUGUCAGGUCAAAACAGCGAACGUCGCCUUUCAACUGGUUCUAGUAAUUUCAGUAAUCCUAGUUUGUACAAUCUCAGCCAAGUUACGCGUAUGAGUAGUCCCUCACAACAAUGCCAUUCUAUUUGUACAGUUUCCUCGAUAUCAGCACCGGACGACCACCUGCGUCGUUGUGAGACCUGUCAAUCAUACCGAAAAGUGUUCUGUAGCAAAUAUUUUACAAAUUUACACACAAAGAACUACUGAAUACAAACUGAUGUU